UUGUUGCAUAUAAAAAGACGACGAUCCAUCAGACCAAAUUGAGGGAUUUUCUUCUCAAUCUAAUUCUUCUUCUUCUUCUUCUUCUAGUUCCAAAUUCCGACUCGCCGUGUUGACUCGGUCCGGGUCGGGGUUUAACUUCAACUCACUUCUGAAUCUUGAUUUUCAAUUCUCACCCCGAUCUCACUCAUCUGCUAUCGAAGAAAACAAAGGGCUUAUCACAAUGAAGGCAUUGAUUCUGGUUGGGGGGUUUGGAACUAGGUUGAGGCCAUUGACACUCAGUUUCCCUAAGCCUCUUGUCGAUUUUGCUAACAAACCCAUGAUUUUGCAUCAGAUAGAGGCUCUUAAGGCCGCUGGAGUUACUGAAGUGGUACUGGCCAUCAAUUACCAACCAGAGGUUAUGUUGAAUUUCUUGAAGGAUUUUGAAGCAAAACUAGGCAUUAAGAUUAGUUGUUCACAAGAAACUGAACCACUAGGAACUGCGGGGCCCCUGGCUCUUGCUAGGGAUAAGCUGAUAGAUGAAUCUGGAGAGCCAUUUUUUGUUCUCAACAGUGAUGUUAUCAGUGAUUACCCACUUAAAGAAAUGAUUGAAUUUCACAAAUCCCAUGGAGGGGAGGCUUCCAUUAUGGUUACAAAGGUUGACGAGCCAUCGAAAUAUGGUGUUGUUGUAACGGAGGAGACCACAGGACAGGUUGAGAAAUUUGUUGAAAAACCGAAGUUGUUUGUUGGCAACAAAAUCAAUGCUGGAAUUUACCUAUUGAAUCCAUCUGUUUUGGAUCGAAUUGAACUGAGGCCCACUUCUAUAGAAAAAGAAAUUUUUCCAAAGAUUGCUGCAGAGAAAAAGCUAUAUGCAAUGGUCCUUCCUGGAUUCUGGAUGGACAUCGGACAACCGAGGGACUAUAUUACUGGCUUGAGGCUUUACCUUGAGUCAUUGAGGAAGAAGUCUUCUUCUAAGCUGGCCAUUGGCUCUAACAUUGUGGGGAAUGUCAUUGUUGAUGAAACAGCAAAAAUUGGCGAGGGAUGUCUCAUUGGACCUGAUGUCGCUAUUGGUCCCGGCUGCAUUGUUGAAUCGGGCGUGAGGCUCUCACGCUGCACAGUAAUGCGAGGAGUCCGGAUUAAGAAGCAUGCUUGCAUUUCCAGCAGUAUUAUUGGGUGGCAUUCCACCGUUGGUCAAUGGGCUCGAGUCGAGAAUAUGACUAUCCUUGGAGAAGAUGUUCAUGUUUGUGAUGAGAUUUACAGCAACGGAGGUGUUGUUUUGCCCCACAAGGAGAUUAAGACAAAUAUUCUGAAACCCGAGAUUGUCAUGUGAGGCCGGUCAAUGUUUGCUCAGCAUGUGGUAUGGAGGUAGCAACUAGUAACUUAUAGAGUCUGAAAUAUGUUUGUCUGUUCUGUUCACUUCAUUUUUUCUUCAUCCCAACUAGUAACUUAUUGAGUCUGAAAUAUGUUUGUCUGUUCUGUUCACUUCAUUUUUUCUUCAUCCCAUUGCUUAUCUUUCUCCCGAUAGUGUACAAGUCAGUUUUUGGAUUAGAAUGAGUGAUGCCAUUACAAUGUUGAAAGGUCAUAAUCGUUGUAAAGGGCAUAAGUUUGAUCUUCUGUGCAAUAGUUGUGUAAUUUUAAAGUUAUGUAGAGAAAUAAAUUAUCUAUUGUAGUUGUUUCUCUCAA